AUGAUAAGUUGCAUCACUCCACGAUCAACAUGACGUCAUGGCGAAUGGCCAAAACAGACAUUUGUUGCGUUUCGGGUCAUUUCUAUGACGGUUCGGUUGUGUGCCUUGUCGAAUUCGUAACGUCUUCGGAAACUCCGCCGUUACAUUUUCUGUGCUACAUACCUUUUCAAGUUUCCUGAACUGGAUUCUCUUUCGUCUUAGUAGAGUUUGCUUAUUAAGCUCGUUGACGUACUGAAAUUGUGUUAUUUUAAAUUGAUCCUGUAGGUAAAACUACGAGAUUACAACUAAGCAUGGCCGCCAUUCAAAGCGCGUUUGGAAACAGAGGUGACGGUAGAAGCGCCACAAACGAAGGCGGUGUGGGAGCCGGAGAACGCUUGCGCUUACAUUGUUCCGGGAUCGUGCGAUAUCUCCAUCCAUCUCUGCAGCAUGUUCCCGACGGUCCCUUAAACCUGAACGAGCACGCGAACAUCUUGGCGGCUGGUUUUUAUGGCGGGCAGAGAGUGCAGCUGGUUCGCCCACAAACAACAGCAGUUCCCAUGGUAUCCAUGCAAGCGGGUGCCCCAGAAUGGUCGCCCGUGGCUCAAGGGAUCAUCCGCGGCUUUUACGGCGUCUCACAUGCUCUGGAUGAUUUGAAGAAAGAAAAUGAAGAGUUGCGAGCAGAGAAUACCGAACUGAAGCGCCGCGUUCGUACGGUGGAGAAUUCGAAUCGAGAUCUGAUGGGGCGGGUCCAUACGUUGGAAAAUGCGGUGCGCAGUCUAACAAAUACGGUAGCAAAUCUGGCCAAGCUCCAGGAUGGAAAGAAGCAGUGCACACAGCACGCCGGCGGCUGAUAAAUGUGCUUGUUAACAUGAAAGUUUUCUAUUCUUGGUCCUACCGUUUGUUCUGCCCGCGCAGCAUGUAGACGUACCCUGAAUUAAAAAUUAACACCAUCGUUGUUGUAGUCC